AUGCCACUCCAGCCAUGCACCUUCCUCGUGCGACGCUCCGUCGGCACCAGCAGUCUCGGCCGGCGCACGUAUACGGCAGCUAGCGAACAGUAUGCGCGCGAGAGCAGUGUCCCGCGGCGCAUCCAUGUCUACGGCGUCGGCAACGUGGGCAAGCUGAUUGCCCACUCGCUGCGCGCCGACAACAAUAACNCCCCACCAGUCACUCUGCUCUUCCACCGCCCGCGUCUGCUAAACGCAUGGAACCAGAGCGAUCAAACAAUUGUCCUCGAGUCUGACGGCCACCGCGUCCCUCGUUCUGGUUAUGAUGUCGACCUCGCCCUUCCACAUCGACGCAGCCAUGGCGAACGCCUCGAGUCCGACGACCACGACUCACUCGAUGCCUCGGACCAAGAGCCAAUCGACAACUUGAUCCUGACCGCAAAGGCCCCUUUUACACUCAGUGCCCUCGACGCCGUCAAGCAUCGCCUACGGCCCAAGUCGACCGUCUGUCUGUUGCAGAAUGGUAUGGGCAUCAUAGAUCAAGUCAAUAAAGAAAUCUUCCCAGACCCCGUCACUCGCCCAAACUACAUACAGGGAGUCGUCACGCACGGUCUAAAUUCUCCCGACCGUAACGACCCUUUCUUCGCCGUCCAUGCCGCCCAUGGUACCAUCGCUCUAGCUGCCCUGCCGAGAGGUGACCUCAAAGACAACCCCUCGGCCUCUGUUCCCUUUGCACCUACCGCGCGCUACUUGCUGCGUACCCUGACCGGUAGUCCCGUCCUCGCCGCCGUUGGCUUUCCACCUCUCGAAUUCAUGCAGCAGCAACUCGAAAAACUGGCCAUCAAUGCCGUCAUCAACCCAUUGACCGUCAUGCUGGAUGCUCCCAACGGCUCCAUUCUAUACAACUUUGCAAUAACCCGCACCAUGCGUUUGUUGCUGGCCGAAAUCUCCUUGGUCAUUCGCUCGCUGCCCGAGCUACGAGGCUUGCCCAACAUCCAAGAUCGCUUUUCACCCGAGCGUCUCGAGACGUUGAUCGUUAGCAUAGCAAGCAAGACGGGCGACAACAUCAGUAGCAUGCUUGCCGAUGUGCGUGCCGGUAAAAAGACCGAGGUCCGCUACAUCAACGGCUACAUUGUCCGCAGAGGCGAAGAGAUGGGCAUGCAAUGCGUCUGCAACUACAUGAUGAUGCAGUUGGUCGAGGGCAAGACCAACAUGAUUCAACGUGAGAAUCUGGAUCAGGUUCCCGUCGUGCGUGAAGACCUCAACGCAAACUAUACUUAG